CCAUGGCUGACCAACUCUUGCAUAAAAAGAGAAUAAUUUUUAUCCAUUCAGUGGGUGCAGGCACAAUAAAUGCCUUGCUGGAUUGCCUAUUAGAGGAUGAAAUUAUUAGCCAGGAAGACAUGAACAAAGUGAGAGAUGAAAAUGACACUGUCAUGGAUAAGGCUCGAGUCUUGAUUGACCUUGUUAUCAGAAAAGGACCCAAGUCUUGCCUCAAAUUUAUCAAACAUCUCUGUGAAGAAGACCCUCAACUUGCCGCAAAGAUGGGUUUGCACAAAGAGUGAAGAUGGGACUCUGGAGCACUUCAGAGACUUCCCAGAGCUUCUUCUAAGGGAGAAGACAUUCUUGUGAGAUUAAAAAAAUAAUCAUAAUAAAAUGAUUUUUUCAAACCUGAUUAAUAAUAAAUCUUUCAUUUAUUAAUAAGUGAUUUUUCAAACCUGAUUUACAAUAAAUCUUGCAUUCUCUCACAUUACUUGCUUCUUAUUCGUUCUCUCUCCAUACCAACAAAGGAUAAUUCAUCAAUAAUAAUGAAAGUCAUGAUAAUUGUAAUGUAACUGAGAAAGUCCCUCCCUUUCCCUUCCUUUUGGUUUAGUUCAUUUGCAAUCCUGUAGAGACAUGUACAGCCUACUUUGGUGCUUUUAGCACCGAGAGUCUGCUGUAAUGGGAGUAAAAUGGAGUCCCCACACAGAA